UCGUGUUGACUUCAAUCGAAUGACUCCCUUUAAGACCCAAUGACUCCCAUUCUGAUUAAACAGUUUUCUCGUUUGCACAAACAAACACCAAGGCUGGACAAAGACAGUCAGCAUAAAACUGGUUUGUUUGUCUAAUCCACUCAGCCACUUAGCCGCCGUGAACACAAAGUGACCUUGCAGACGGGAUCGACAUUACUUUCUAAAGAGUUUUUCUCUCGCCUGAGCAUCUCAGGAAACACCUCUGAUAAAAUCUACGUAUGUCAUCUUUCAGUCGACAGUGGCGAGUCUAAUAUGAGCCGUCAGAAACCCAUGCGCAGGGCUGUUUCCCCGGGUUACCAGCCUUUGUUUGGGUAGGGACCGGAAUGGUCAAUCAUCACGGCCGCUAGUGUAGUCCCUCCUCCCCGGAUGAAGGAACUGUCUGGGGCCGCUACAAAAGGGGGAAGGGACAACUAUUUUUACUGUGCUGAGCCUGCUAUGGACCUAUCAUUGCGCAAUGGCAAGAAGUUUGUCCAUCUGGACUUAAAAGGGGCACCUCCAAACAUUGGCUAUCUAUUUGAGUUGAUCCAGUUAUUUGCUGAUCUCGGUGCCAAUGGCUUGCUUAUUGAGUAUGAAGAUAUGUUUCCCUAUGAGGGAGAGCUCAAAGUUAUUCAAUCCAAGGUUCAGCCUCCAUACAGCCGUGAGGAGAUCAUGUCUAUACAAGAAGCUGCCAGCAGCAGAGGGCUGGAGGUCAUUCCCCUGGUGCAGACGUUUGGACAUUUGGAAUUUGUCCUGAAGCAUGAGAUCUUUAGAGAGCUGCGCGAGGUAGACAACUGUCUGGGCACCCUGAACCCACACCGUGAUCAAGGAGUUAAGUUGGUGCAAGAGAUGCUACGUCAAGUCAUGGAACUCCACCCUAAAAGUAGCAAGCUACACAUCGGAGCGGAUGAGGUGUAUAUGCUUGGUCUUGGAGACGAGUCUAACCAGUGGUUAAGCAUUCCUGGUCACAGUGUUAACCAGCUUUUCCUCAGUCAUGUCAUUAAGAUGGCAAAGGGCAUUCGAGAGACUGUCCCAAACCUUAAUCUGAUCAUGUGGGAUGAUAUGCUCAGAUCCAUGACCCCUGAAACUAUUAAAGAGAGUGGCCUUGUUGGAUUAGUACAACCAAUGUUGUGGGACUACAAUCCCACUCUUGAUGUAGCAAACACUGUAAUGCUACUUGAACUAUAUAAAUCUGCCGGUAUGUCACAGCAGUGGGUCGCCAGCUCAUUCAAAGGCUCGACCAUUGUGCACACUUGUGUGACCAGCACUCAGAGGCAUGUGGACAACCAUGUGCAGUGGCUCAAAGUGGCAUCCAGCAUUUCAGAUGGCAUUGAGCUACAGGGAAUUGCACUUACUGGAUGGCAAAGAUAUGACCACCUGUCUGUUUUAUGUGAACUGAUGCCCGUGAGCCUGCCCUCUUUGGCUUCCUGUUUGCAAACUCUUCUUUAUGGUAGCUUUAAUGAAGAAGCUCAGAAGAAAGUGUGUGCGACAUUUGGCACUUUGGAAGUAGAAGACACAGAGAGAUUGUCUUCUACCUUUGCUGGGGCGAAACUAGCAGCACUUAUAGUGCAGUUGGCGUCUAUGCUGGAGUCUGAAGAAAUCAGACAUUUUCACAACAAUAUGUAUGUAAGGGGCUGGUUCACACCCUACCACAGACAAAAGAAGAUCAUUAACCCACUCAUUGCAGAACAAAUUAAAACACAAGCAAAAAUGAUUAUUGAUGCUUUGGAUAGCAGUUUGCAUGAGGUGAGGAAGGAGAUGUGUCUGUUAUAUCCAGAUUCUACAGUACAGGAAUGGGUGGACCAACAUGUUACCCCAGUACUGGAGCCUCUGCAAAACCUCACGAGAGACAUUGAAUCUGUUUUAAGUGAUGUGGGUCUUUGCAUUGAGUCUAUGUCAUAAUGCUGGUCAAUAAACCUUAUUUGAAAUGUUUUUUAUUAUUAUUAUACUUAAAUUGGACUGUAAAUGAACAACUAGUGGAAAUUGUGAACUACUAGUAGAAAGUGUAAAAAAAACGUUUUUAUGUAAUAUGAUAACAAAAAUGCAUUAUAGUGAUUGGUUCAAUCAUAUAGUCAUUGGAUUAUUUUAAUGAUAACCAACCAAUAAUCACAUAAAAAUAUAUUUAAAUCCGUAUUAUUGAGUUGCUAUUUUAUAGCUCUAUGCCUGAAAUAAAGAAAUGCCAAAUCAUUUUA